AUGGGUUGUUCUUAUUCAACAUUAAAUCGAAUUGAAACUGAACAACGUUUUAAACCCGAUGACAUUUUAUAUUUAACACAAUCAUGGAAUAUGAUCAAAGCUCAUGAAUUUCAAAAAUUUACUCAACAAAUUCUCAUAAGAACUAUUAAUCAAAGUCCAUCAUUUCGUAAAUUGUGUAUGUCAAAAGUGAAUGUUGAUGGAAAUAAUUAUGAUUUUGGUCAACAUGAUUCAUGUUUAAGAGAUGAUAAAAGUUGGCAAAUGGGAUUACCUGAUUAUAGUUUACAAGUGAUUUAUACAGUUGAUGAACUUUUAUCAAUUAUUAGUAAUAAAAAUCAUUCGAAAAUACAAUUUGAAUCUUUUAAUCUAAUUGAAAAGGAUAUGUUUAUUGGAAAUGAAACUUUAUUGAUAAUCAAACAAAAUAUAUUGGAAAUGCUACGUGAACAACUUCCAAUUCUAAAUUACAAUUUUACAAUUGAUGUCGAACGAGCAUGGAAUAAAUUUUUAACUUUUAUUAUUGAAUAUAUGUCGAAAAAUAAAUGA